GUAGUACGGUUUAAACCUUUUAACAAUUCACUACAAUCGCCUGUUUGAAAACUAAUUGAAACGUUAUUUUUUUUUCAAAUUGAAAUUUAAAUGCGUGUUUUCGUGUUAAAUUACAAGUGUUGGAAAAAAAUAUUAUUAUUAAAACAAUUAUAAAUAUUUUAAUAAAAUGAGAAUUUUGUUAAUAAACUUAAUAAAUUGUUAAAGUUUUUUUUUUUGUGUGCCACAUAAAUUAAAGUUUAACUUAAAUGCAAAAUAAAGAAGAAAAAAAGUAUUAAAAAAAUUUUAAUUGCAACCAACCAUUAAAUUGUUUUAUUUGUGUAAAAUAAUAAAAUUAUUAAAACUUAAAUAUUAUUAACAAAAAAAAAUGGAGGUUAAAACAAAUGAAAUUAAUGGAAGAGUCACAACUACGGUUUCAAUAGAACUCACUAAUAAUGAUGAAAAAAAGUCUGAAGACAAAGUCGAUAGCGGUGGUGAUGCAGAAGGUGGUGGUAAAGAAAGAGCCAAUUGGGGUAAUGGUCUAGAGUUUCUUAUGUCCUGCAUAUCGAUGUCAGUGGGUUUGGGCAAUGUCUGGCGUUUUCCCUUUACAGCCUAUGAAAAUGGUGGUGGAGCAUUUCUUAUACCCUAUUUAGUGGUAUUAUUCUUUAUUGGUAAACCCAUGUAUUAUUUGGAAAUGAUAUUGGGACAAUUUUCUAGUAAAGGUUCGGUGAAAGUGUGGUCUAUAUGUCCAUCGUUUUUGGGUGUUGGCUAUGGUCAAGCCUUUGGCACAGUGUGUGUUAUUACCUAUUACUCCUCUCUUAUUGCUCUUACGCUGUAUUAUAUGGUGGUCUCUUGCCAAGCAAUAUUGCCCUGGACUUAUUGCCGAGAAGAAUGGGGUCUAGAUUGUUUGGAUUCAUUACCAAAACCAGAUGCAAUACAACAUCAUAAUGCUUCGCAUAAAUUAACCAGUAGUUCAGAGUUGUAUUUUACUGAAAUCGUUGCCAAAGAAAAAUUGCAAAUAGCAGAUGGUUUGGGAAUGCCGAAUUUAUAUUUAACUCUAACCUUGUUUGUUUCAUGGAUAGUUAUAUUCUUGGUCAUACGUAGGGGCGUUAAAAGUUCCGGCAAGGCGGCAUAUUUUCUGGCCAUAUUUCCCUAUUUAGUGCUGAUUGCCCUGCUAAUACGCAGUGUUACAUUAGACGGUGCCGUUGAUGGUAUUAUAUUCUUCUUAAAUCCCCAAUGGAAUGAGCUACUUAAUUUGAAGGUUUGGAAAGAAGCUGUAGUGCAAUGUUUCUUUUCGUUAGCUGUAGGUUGUGGUCCAAUUAUAAUGUUCUCAUCUUACAAUCGUUUCAACCAUCCGAUUUAUAGAGAUGCCAUGAUUGUCACUAGUUUGGAUACCGUUACCAGUAUGUUGGCUGGUAUUACCAUAUUCGGUAUUUUGGGAAAUUUAGCUCAUAAUCUUAAUAUAACCAAUAUAAAGGAGGUGGUUAAAAGUGGCACCGCUUUAGCUUUUAUUUCUUAUCCGGAUGCUAUAGCUAAAUUUCAGGCAAUACCGCAAUUGUUUGCUGUACUUUUCUUUUUUAUGUUAUUUGUCUUGGGUGUGGGCUCAAUAGUGGCUCUUCAAAGUACAAUUGUUACCAUAAUAUGUGAUCAAUAUAAAUCUUUGAAAUAUUGGGUGGUAGCCUUGAUAACUUCCAUAUGCGGUUUUCUAUUGGGUGUGGUUUAUGUGACACCGGGCGGUCAAUGGAUCUUAAAUUUAGUGGAUUUCUAUGGUGGUACUUAUGUGAUAUUUGCCUUGGCGAUAUUUGAAAUUGUUGGUGUUAUCUGGAUUUAUGGCUUACAAAAUUUCUGUGAUGAUGUAGAAUUUAUGACCCACAGAAAGGUUUCCAUGUAUUGGCGUAUCUGCUGGUCGUUUUUGACUCCCGUUAUGAUGACAAUUAUAUUUAUAUAUUCAGUAAUUACGAUAGAACCUUUAACAUAUAAGGGUAUUGAUUAUCCGGAUUCAGCAAAUGCUGCCGGUUGGAUAAUAUUUAUCAUUGGUAUUCUCCAAUUCCCCCUGUGGGGCCUCUGGUACAUUAAAAGUCAUUAUAAGGAAUCAUUUCUAACAUCGUUUGUCGUUUCCCUAAAAUCCACUGAAUAUUGGGGACCAUCAAAUCCCGAAACAAGAGCCAAAUGGUAUGCUUAUAAAACAAAUUUGGCGGAAGAGCGUCUUAGACAAAAUAGUAGUAAUAAAAUUAGUUUCUUUAAGCAAAAACUAAAUAAUGUGAUAGGAAGAACAACGUAGGAAUUGUUAAAAAGUAUUAUUAAAUAUACAUAUAUCAGGAAUUUAAAGAAUAGCUAUUUCCUAAGAUUAUUAUAUUUGUUCAAUUCACAAUCAAGUUGUAUAUUGUACCUACUAAAGUGUAGUAACAGUGAUUGUGAACAGAUCUUUGCAGAAAGUCAUAAGUUUAUGUUCUCAAUGGAAAAAAAAAUAAUCAUUUG